AUGCCGCGGGAAAUUAUAACGCUUCAGCUCGGCCAGUGUGGAAAUCAGAUCGGGUUUGAGUUCUGGAAGCAGCUGUGUGCAGAGCAUGGCAUCAGUCCAGAGGGGAUUGUUGAGGAGUUUGCAACUGAAGGCACCGACAGGAAGGACGUGUUCUUCUAUCAGGCUGACGAUGAGCACUACAUCCCCCGCGCUGUGCUCCUGGAUCUGGAGCCGAGGGUGAUCCACUCCAUCCUCAACUCUCCUUACGCGAACCUGUACAACCCGGAGAACAUCUACCUCUCUGAGCAUGGCGGAGGUGCUGGCAACAACUGGGCCAGUGGAUAUUCACAGGGCAAAAAAAUCCAAGAAGACAUCUUUGACAUCAUUGACCGGGAGGCAGAUGGCAGUGACAGUCUGGAGGGAUUUGUCCUGUGUCAUUCCAUUGCUGGGGGCACGGGCUCAGGACUGGGAUCCUAUCUACUGGAGAAACUCAAUGACAGGUACCCAAAGAAGCUGGUGCAGACGUACUCUGUUUUCCCAAACCAGGAUGAGAUGAGCGACGUGGUCGUUCAGCCGUACAACUCGCUGCUCACGCUGAAGAGGCUCACCCAGAACGCAGACUGCGUGGUGGUCUUGGAUAACACAGCUCUGAAUCGCAUCGCCACAGACAGGCUGCACAUCCAGAACCCUUCGUUUUCCCAGAUCAAUCAGCUGGUUUCCACCAUCAUGUCUGCAAGCACAACCACUCUGCGCUACCCGGGCUACAUGAACAACGACCUUAUCGGCUUGAUUGCGUCCCUCAUCCCCACACCCCGCCUCCACUUCCUAAUGACCGGCUACACACCGCUUACUACUGACCAGUCGGUUGCCAGUGUGAGGAAAACCACAGUGCUGGAUGUGAUGAGGAGGCUUCUUCAACCCAAGAACGUGAUGGUGUCCACAGGAAGAGAGCGUCAGCCGAGCCACUGCUACAUCGCCAUCCUUAACAUCAUCCAGGGAGAGGUCGACCCCACGCAGGUGCACAAAAGCCUCCAAAGGAUCCGGGAACGUAAACUUGCAAGCUUCAUUCCCUGGGGUCCCGCCAGCAUUCAGGUGGCUUUGUCCAGGAAGUCUCCGUACCUGCCCUCGGCCCACCGAGUCAGUGGCCUGAUGAUGGCCAACCACACAAGCAUCUCCUCUCUGUUUGAGCGGACGUGCCGGCAGUACGACAAACUGCGUAAGCGCGAAGCCUUCCUGGAGCAAUUCCGCAAAGAGGACAUAUUCAAGGACAACUUUGAUGAGCUGGACAACUCCCGCGAAGUGGUCCAGCAGCUGGUAGACGAGUACAGUGCAGCCACGCGGCCUGACUACAUUUCCUGGGGAACACAGGAACAGUGAACAGACUCUUCUGAACUACCGAUCAGCAUACAUGCUUAACUAGUUUAUUCUAACUCGAGUUAUGUCCCUUUUUUUUCCAAAACAUUUCCUCCUACACACAAAAUAGACAGGUAUUUGGCUAUAGCUGCUUUGCUUAAAAAAACAACUAUUUAUUGGCUUGUUAUAGCAUGUAAUAGUAUAGUGUGUUAGUGUCCUGAAUUUGGAAAGGGACUGAGGUUAACGCCCACUGUUAUAUCAACCAAAAAGUAAAAUGACAUUUUCUGUCUGGACUGUAUCACAUCUUGGAGAUUUUCAAGUGUUUACCCAAGAGUCCAGUGAAGCAAGAGUACUUCUUUCUUGCAAAUAGCUGCAGAAAGCAUUGAUGUGUCUUGUACAAAACAAUCUAUAAAUGUUUGUUAAUAGUUUUCUUUUUUCCCGUUUCUCCUAAACUUAACUUUCCCACCUUGUAGCCUUUUUUUUCCCAGCAACGUGUUGCCUUGUUUUGGUCCAUCUUCAUACUGAGUACAGUACUUAUAAGCUUUUGUGCAGUUGAUUUACAAUAAAAACGUCCACCACCUAUGAAAUGAAUAAUAAACAGUAGGAUUGACAGAAAGCGUUGCAUGAUGGUUGAUGCAGGUUGUUGCAUCUGACAUGGUGCUACUUUUUUUUUUUUUUUUGUAGUCCAUCUACUGUUCAUGCAAAUUUCUCAUUUUUUGCCGCUUUACAUGACCAACAAGAAUGUCGAGUUGAAGUUGGACUUGAGCCAAAAGUGAUAUUAAAGUACAUACUAUACACAUUGUGUUGACAUUUUAACAGCAUCUGUCACCUACAGUAGAGAAAGUAACAGUUUGCACAGAGUGUACAAAGGAUGGAUCUCAUUUUAACAUCUCUAUGCCUGUAAAUAUACUUUGAGAAUAGCUGGUUCACUGGCAUUCUCUGUAUUGUCUAAAAUGAAUAUACUGUUUCAUGUUGCUUUGCUUGUUGGACCUGUUUAAAGACAAAUAAACACAUUUUCUAUUA